AUGUCUACACCAAACGAAAAGACGGGCCAGGCGCCAAUCACCCCCGUCCUCAACGGAGAUACGAUGAACGAGAAGAACAUCCAUGAUUCCGAAUCGUCGUCGGCCACCAAAACCGAAGACGCAGAAAGAGCACCCGCCCAACCUCACGCUCAUACCCAUUGGGGCGAAAAUAGAGUGGUGGAGCCGAAUGAUGUCCAGGAUAUGCCACCCGUGGAAAAGGCCGGCACAUAUGACAAGAUUGAGCUUACCGAAGACGACUGCUACGACGAGCUAGGAUUCGGCUUCCCAGAAUGGAGGAAAUGGAUGAUUCUCAGCGUCAUCUUCCUCGUCCAAGUCUCCAUGAACUUCAACACCUCCCUCUACUCCAACGCCAUCUCGGGCUCCACCAACCACCCCGAACAUAUCGGUAUUUCAAAACAAUUUGGUGUCAGUGAACAGGCAGCUCGAUGCGGUGCGGUGAUCUUCUUGAUUCUGUACGCUUUCGGUUGCGAGUUAUGGGCUCCUUGGAGUGAAGAGUUGGGCCGAAAACCAAUCCUACAGCUCAGUCUGUUGUUGGUCAACAUUUGGCAAAUCCCAGUUGCACUCGCACCCAACUUUGCUACCGUCAUGGUCGGCAGAGCUUUAGGUGGACUCUCUUCUGCUGGUGGUUCCGUCACUCUCGGUAUGAUUGCAGACAUGUGGGAGCCUGACCAUCAGCAAUACGCCGUUGCAUUUGUCGUUUUCUCUUCCGUCGGUGGAUCGAUUUUUGGCCCAAUCAUUGGUGGUUUCAGUCAAGAGUUCCUGGACUGGAGAUGGAGUAUCUGGAUCCAACUCAUCUUUGGAGGAUUCGUCCAGGUUCUACAUAUGGUCCUCGUACCUGAAACUAGGAGUACGAUCAUGAUGGACAAUAUUGCCAAGAAGAGACGCAAGAAUAAUGUAGAUGCCAACAUCUGGGGACCUAAUGAGCUUGUUCCGUUCUGGGAUCGCUUCUCCGCCAAGGAGAUCCUGAUCACAUGGAUCCGACCGUUCAAGAUGUUCCUUACCGAGCCCAUUGUCCUGACUUUGUCCCUUCUCUCUGGUUUCUCCGAUGCCCUCAUCUUCAUGUUCAUUCAAUCCUUCGCCAUCGUUUACAAGCAAUGGGGCUUCGGAACCGUCGAGAUUGGUCUUACCUUUAUCGCCAUCGGUGUGGGCUACACUAUCAGCUGGAUUUCUUUCAUCCCAGCCAUCAGGCGCAACAUCGCCGAACGCAAGGCAAAGCCCGACGACGAGAGAGCUCAAUACGAGUCCCGUCUCUGGUGGCUGCUCUACACGGCACCUUGUCUCCCAAUCGGCCUAAUUGGUUUUGCUUGGACAUGCACAGGCCCACCAAUUCACUGGAUAGGAUCCAUGAUCUUCGCAGCCAUUGUCGGUAUCGCAAAUUAUGCCAUCUACAUGGCAACGAUUGAUUACAUGAUCUGCGCCUAUGGUCCCUACUCGGCUUCUGCAACCGGUGGUAAUGGAUGGUCGAGAGAUUUCCUCGCUGGUGUACUGACUGUUCCUGCUACUCCUUUCUUUAGCAACAUUGGCUCUAACCCCCUCGCCUACGCAUCUACCAUCCUCUUCUGUAUCUCCUUCGUCCUCGUGAUGGCCGUCUAUGUAAUCUACUGGAAAGGUCCCGUCCUCCGUCACCGAUCUCCCUUUGCUCAGCAACUCGAAGCUGCACGCAACGAACACAGCGAGCGUCGCGAAUCUCGUGUACCCAUGGGCUCCCGUGCCAACUCCUUCGCACGAUCCGCCCAGAAUGUUUCGAUUAGACAAAAUCUUGGAUCCCGACAGAACAGCUAUGUUGGGGGAGCGAAGCGGACCCCGACUGCUAGCAGGAAAAAUAGUGGUGUUGGGGUCCGAGGGGCUGGUACUCCGACACAUAGGACACCUGCUGGGUCCAGAAGGCCUAGCAAUGUGUAA